AUGCAUGAAAUAAACUCACCAAAGCUUCUGUUCGAUAAUAUUUUUGUACACUACGCUGAAAACAAUGAUUUAUUUGAACGGGCAUUAUAUGCAUUAAUUGGCACUUCCUUUUUAAGGCUGAAAGACAUACCGAAGUUGACAUCGAAACUUGACACUGCUUCUAGACGUUGUUUAAUCGAAAACUACAACAGAUUAUGUUAUCCGCGGUUACCUGCCAAAGACUAUGAAGAACAGGUGACUAUGAUGGAUUUUGCUUUAGUAUUAGCUUGCGAAGUUAAUCCACCGGAGAUUGUCAUGGAUAAGAUUAUAGCUAUAGUAUGUGCUGAAAACGGUAAUAUUGACGGAGCUGGAGCUAUUUUUCGGCACGUAUUAGAAAAACAAGAAACAAAGAGUUUAGACGCUGCCAUGACCUAUAGUGAUAUAGCAUGGACUCACUACUUACAGGAGCUUUAUGUUUCCGCACUGUACUGUGAAAAUCAAGCAUUUGCUAUUCGAAAAGAAAAAAUGGACGAGAGUUAUCUGCUAUUUGCUGAUCAGUAUCAUUCACUUGGCUGCAUCCACGAAGCAAAGCAAGACUUUCAUAAAGCAACUAUUUGUUACGCCAAAUCUCUAGAAAUAUUGGAAUUAAACUUCGUUAGUAACAAUGUCAUUCAAGAUACAAGCUCAAAAUAUUAUAAAUAUAAAAGCGCGUACGCUAGAUAUACUUUUAAUCGCAAUCCAAAAGCAGCUAACCGCCAUUCAUUUGCAUUCACACCGAUACAACCGAGUCUGGCUGUCGAAAAGACGAGACCAGAGUACCUAAAUUGGAUUAAACAACGUCUCCUAGAAACAGAAUGGCACGAUGCUAAAGAAAUAUAUUAUCACCUUCUCACACUGCCAGAAUGGCUAAAUGAUCCUCAGUUUCUUGAAGAUCGACAAAAGAAUGAUGACCAAGUUAUUGGUGUUCCACCGAAAUGUGUUCUUCGUGAUCGAUUUUUAGUUAUUGAACCUCCAAUCAAAUCUUUUGAUGAAGGACGUCAGUUUAAAGGUUCAGGUUUUCUUGUAGAGGCUGGAAAAUAUAACGGUUUUUCUAGAACUCAUAAAGACAGUGACAACUAUUAUGAAAUUACAGUUGACGCUGCAGCCAAGGGAAUUCUAAAUGAAGGAUUAAGCCUUGGUAAAGAGCAAGAAGCUAGGAAGUUAGCUCAGGAGUUACAAAGUCUGAAGGAUGGUGGUAAAUUCGUAAUGCUUCAAAUGUCCGUCCAACUUUUUACAAAAUCGUCAUUUUUAGACAAGUUAGUCAAUAAAACACUUCUAGAAGGUGAUGACAGUAAAAUGAAGACACUCGGACGCUAUUGUCAUUUACUCGAUCGUUAUUUCGCCGAAAUAGAUGACCAGGCAAAACUUUAUGACAUAAUGGUCUAUGGUGGUGCCAAUCUUAACUUAGCUCUUCUCAGAACAUACAUCGAUGCAAUCGGUACACUCUCAAAAAAAUGGCUUGGCUUUUCAUCGGCGAGUAAAAAUGCGAAACUAGCGGAACUAUUCGGUAAUACAUUAUUCAUCAUCAGAAUGCAUCGAACCUACGGCGAAGGUAUCAAUAAAGUUGCUGAUAUAAGUAAAAUAUCAAAUUUUCCUGAAGAAGAAGAAGUUCUGUUUACAGCUGGUAUUGAGUUUAUAAUUGAAAAAGUUGAAAUACAUUGCACUGGUAAAAAGUUUAGAAUUUAUUUAACAGUUUAUGUUUAG